AUGGCGAGCUUUCUCAUUGUCGAGCCCUGCGGCCUUCAGGGCCACCUGCAGUCGGGCCGAGGCCCAGCGGUCUCGCAACAGACCCAGACCCCUGGGAGGAGACUGUGUGGCCCCCUUCCGGAGCGGUGCGGACUCUCAACGUGGCUCCUCGGAUCCCUUGCUGCGGCUUCCUUGCCCAGAGUUCGGCGGCCAGGUGUUGCCAGAGCCCAGGGUCCAUGCUUCGAGAGCUUCUGCGACAAUGUGGUUGGCACUUGGAAGGGGUGGUCUUCGGAGUGGCGGCCGAUGAAGUCUGAGACUACUGGGGCCACUGCGCAUGGCCCCUUGGGCCCCGUAGGUUCGGAUUCGGAGCAUGAAACACGAGUCAGGCCCAUCAUGCGGAACUGCGCUGCCUGUUCUGGAGUUGUGCAGGGGUGCGCAGAUUGGGUUCGGCUGGACCGAGAUCAGCGUGGGUUCGUCUUCUUCGACUGUGGAUCCUGGUCGGCUGAGACUGAAGAAGGCGGAUUUACGGCGAUUUCGGCACUGCAGAGUGGAAUCCAACGAUGCGUCAUCGCGUGUAAAGUCACGGUCAACGGCGAGGUGGCGGAGGUGCAACUGGCACGACAACACCUGUCGGUCCGUGCAAGUGGCGAGAUUGCGACGCCGCCCUCUCGGAAGACUCGGAAAUGGUUCGCAUCUAGGUAUCUAGGUUUUUGGCUGGGCUUUUGGGUUCGGAGUUUUUUGGUGUUGGUCUGCUGUUGCGUACAUGACCUAGAAGGCGAGAGGCAGCCGUGGGGACUAAGAGACCACCUUAAGGAAAUGAUAUCCUCCUGGCAUGGACACGGCAUGCAAUGCACGAGUCGAAGCCCACGGUCCUUCACAUCCACCCGGGUUUCCUGGAAGAAGGCUUCGCAUGACUUGAUGAAGAGCUGGCGUGGCGCUCUCGAGUACAGCUUCUCCAACUGCUUCAUUGCCGUGAAGCGUUCAGAAGAUGCUGACGACGGCUUCUGGCUCAUCGCUGGCGACGUCGACGGUUCUUCAGCGAAGGUCGACGCGUGGUACAAGCUGGUCGUUGCGAAGACCGUCGUCCGCAUGCAGCGCAACGCCGGGAACUUCGUGCGGGACUGCUUCCGCCUCCCGGGAGUGCCGACGGACGGCUCGGGCAUAUUUCCUCGCGCUUGUGACUUGCCGUUCCUUCUGAUGAUCUUCUGCCUCACCAUUUGCACAGGACCUUUCCUGUUUACAACCAUAGCCCGGAUCCCCAGUGCAGAUUUCGGGUUUCGAGUUCGCAGCUUCGUUGUGACUAGUGCUUCAAGUCCGGGCUGGGCCGUGUUGGGAAACAUCGCUUCGCUUCUGGGUCUUUAG